AGCAAGAAGCAAUAUUCGAGAUUUCUGCUAAGCGCUGCGUGUAUAUAAAGAUAUCGCAUUGACGUUAUAAUGUGAUAUCUCAAACAAUCAUUAUCCUAAAUGGAGAUGGACUCAAACGAAACUCACCCAACGGUGGUUGUUUCAUCGGCGCCGGGGAGAAUAUCACUCCGGCCAAUGACUCUUUCCGACGUUGACGACUACAUGGUUUGGGCCACGGACGCUGAAGUCGCUCGCUUUUGCUCAUGGGAGCCUUGCACGAGCCGAGAAGAAGCCAUCAAAUACAUAACGGAUUCGGUCUUGACACACCCAUGGCUCCGAGCCAUCUGUUUAGAGGACGACCGUCCCAUCGGCUACAUCUUGAUCAUGCCGGUCGAUAACAUUAGGAAAGAGAUCGGUUAUGUGCUAGCGAGAAAGUAUUGGGGAAAAGGGUUCGCUACGGAGGCGGUGAGGCUAGUGACGGCGGAGAUAUUCAAGGAAAUGCCGGAGAUCGAGAGGCUUGAGGCCCUAGUUGACGUGGACAAUGUGGGAUCUCAAAGGGUUCUUGAAAAAGUUGGGUUUACUAGAGAAGGUGUGAUGAGGAAGUUUAUAAUUAUGAAAGGAAGUGUAAGAGAUAUGUUCAUGUUUAGUUUUUUGCCGUCUGAUCCUUUGAAGUAAUUAAUUGAUAAACAAUAUGAUCAAUUCAGAUUACAUACAUAAUGUGGACUUUGUGUAUGAUUCAUAUGCUGAUAUGCUAUGCAAAGUAUGAAAUAAACUCUCUGUUUAUGUU